GCACCCUCUAAAAAGAAAAUUGAAAUCAGCACUAUUGCAAGCAACUAUCAUCUUGAAGUUAAUCCAAGUGAUGCAGGGAACAGUGACCGAGUCGUAAUACAGGAAUUGCUGAAGACAGUUGCACAGUCACAGCAACUUGAGACAAACACUCAGCGUGAUUUUAAAGUGGUGCUGUUGACGGAAGUGGACAAGCUUACAAAGGAUGCCCAGCAUGCAUUGCGAAGAACUAUGGAGAAGUACAUGGCCACCUGUAGAUUAAUUCUUUGUUGCAAUUCUACAUCAAAAGUAAUUGCACCCAUCAGGAGUAGAUGCCUUGCAGUGCGAGUCCCUGCUCCAAGUAUUGGAGAUAUCUGUACCAUUUUAUCAAAUGUUUGCAAGAAGGAAGGCCUGACUCUUCCUCAAGAAUUGGCUCGGAGAAUUGCUGAAAAAUCUGGGAGGAAUCUCAGAAAGGCUCUUCUAAUGUGUGAGGCAUGCAGAGUACAGCAGCUUCCUUUCACGCCUGAUCAAGACAUUUCUGAGGCUGACUGGGAAGUAUAUCUGAGAGAGACAGCCAAUGCUAUUGUCAGUCAGCAGACACCCCAGAG